UCAAAAUCGAAAUGAAGCCAAGCAAGGAGCACAAAUUCUUCUUCCCUCUUCACAUAUUUUUCUUUCUAGAAUCUUUCAAUUAUUUUUCAUUAAUACAACUCACCGAGUAGCAAGAACGAAUUAUCAAAUCUAAAACUUUACACGCCAUCAAGCUCCUCGGUAGCUUUGGUGGCAAGAUCCUUUGUCUCUCCAUCGAUGGCGAUCACACCAGAGUUCUUGCCAUCAAUUGUUUAGUUUCAUUUUCAAGUUUGCUCAUUUCUCUCUUGAAUUUCUCUCUUCCUUUAUUUCUUUAUUUGUAUUUUUCUCAAUUUCAUGGUGAAGCUCGGAGACUUGUGUUGUUUGUUUGCGACCUUUAUGUUUUAGAGACGAGUAACUCGAUGAUUUAGGGUUAUUCAAAAUGAGGAUUUUUUUAAAAAAAUAAAUUGAAUUGUUUAGGAUAACAAGUGAAUGUAGUCCAUUUGUCAAAAAUAAAAGUGAGUGUAUGUGUAGUCAAAUUUGGUUCUAGCUUCUGUUAUUUAUUUAUUUUUUGCUUUUAUCAUUAUUUUUAAUGUGGUUCGAGGGUCAGUUCUGACAUUAAGUGAUUCCGACCUUCUCUGAUCGUGGUUGCGGGAUCGAACAGUAUUUCUCUCUAUCAAAUUCAGCGUCAAUUACUACUUAAUCGUUAUAGCUUCGGUUAUUUUAAGUUCAGUUAAAAUAAUAAAUUGUGUAAUGUACCGAAAAAAAAAAAGUUGAUAAAUUGUAUUGCGGUUCAGUUCUCAUUUCAGAGCGAGACUUAUCUCAGUCUCACAGCGAAAGAAAGAAGACAACUGUCACUUCUCUCUCUCUCACACACACACUUGCCUCCGGCCUCUGACUCUCAGCUCACUGGACGCCUCUGUUUCUCCCACCGGCCACCGCCCACCGCCAUUCGCACAUCCACCGACUGCCGUUCGUAUUCUCUCUCUCGCAAUCGAAGACAUUUGUUGAGUUCAAAGUUGAAAGAGAAAGAUGGCUGGGCAAUCGAAUCAUGAACUCUCACUCUUUUCAGCAGAGGAGCUCGAGUUCAUCGCUGAAGACGAGAUUGUAGACAUCGUGCCUAAUCUCAAAAUGGAUCCUCUCUGUCUCAUUUCUGGAGAUUUUGGUCCAUUUACGCCACAGAUUGUUACUCAAGUACCACUUUGGUUGGCAAUUGCUCUCAAGAAGAGAGGCAAGUGCUCCAUUGUCCCUCCCCAAUGGAUGUCUGUUGAGAAGUUGACUCAAGUGUUGGAAGCAGAGCGAGACUCUCAAGAGAUGUCUGAGCACUUGCCAUUUCAUUAUGUAGAAAUCUCAAGACUUCUUUUUGAUCAUGCACGAGACAACAUCUCUGAUGCAUACAUGGUGAGGUCUUUAAUUGAGGACAUCAGAGACGUAAGGUUUCAUAAAGUUGAAACUGACUUGGAGGCAUUCAAUGGUCGUACAAUAGCUGUGAAGAUUAAAAACUUGUCUGCAAUGGAAGUGAAUAUUGUUCGCCCAUUUAUUGGAAGAGCUUUACAGGCAUUUUACAAGCAUGAUAGUCCAGAUUUGAUCCCAGACCCAGAGCGAGUUUCUGAUAGACGUCCGCAAGUUGCUCCGAAUGCCCCAAGAAGGCAACUACGAAGAUAAUUGUGAAUAUCGUGUUUGGCAACACCACUUCUAGAUUGGUGGUAAAUCUGACUGGCUUCGAAGUUACAUCUUUUCCUAAAAAGCACCUAGGAGAUACCUUUGCUGCUGAUUUCCUUGUAAAAUAGGUAGCUUGUGACUUUAGUUGAAUUUGCAGAGUUGAUUAAGAAUUAGGAAAAAAAAGCACUUAUAUGUAUUAACAUAUUUAUUUAUGCACUUUUUAUAUUUUUUACUUAAUUUUAUCAGUAAUUUGAAGUAUUUGAUUCCAA